UGCUUCUUGCAAAUAUGGCAUCUGGAAUUAAUUGUGCUUUAUUUCUGCUGGUUAUUCUAUGUCUGGAAUCGAUCACAGGAGACGAACACACGCAUAAAGUAGGUCAAUAAUACGAAAGAUUCUCUCAGCUACUUUACGGUUACUAUUUUUGUAAAUUUCCGUGUCAUUCAGGCACAGACGUUUAGAUCAAGAAAUUAAUAUUUUUCUAUUAAACUAUGCCCUUAUACAGUGUAUGUAAAAUGUAUUUGACAUCAAAUCGAAAAUCUUUUUGAAUGAAUUAAUUGACACAUCAGCACAUACCAAACGUAGCUUGUAUCUCAUUCGAUCCCUCCAGUACUGUAGCGGACCGACCUUAUGUUUAUUGAACCAGUAGGUUAACAUUUUAUCCAUUGUUUUAUUUCUUCAAACUAAUGAAACAAUUUUGUAGGUGAUUUAACGGUAAGACAGAAUUACAUCCAUUUAAUUUUAUAAAUAUAUACUUUUGUUUACGGUCGGUCUAGAAGAUAAUUAUUGGCUUGAUCUUUUCUUUUACUGUUAGUUGAAUUCUUUUUGGCUUAAUGUAUUGAACCGCUUUAACACUGGUAAUUAUUUUGCGAUACAUGCAAGGUUGUUUCAAACAAUUUUGCGAGCAAAAAGAGUGGAAAAUAGUUAUGCAGAAUGCUUCACUGAUGCCCUGUUUGGGUUUGCAAUACUGUGGAGCUCGUUUACAUCAUCUCACCACCAAUGAAAUUGCCACGAAGAAGUCGACUCAUCACCAACUAAUAACUCUGAAACAAUUGACACAUUUUAAUACCUAGGAUUACUUGGGACUUUCUAAAACAAUAAAGUUAUGUUCUAUUCGUGGUGGUUGAUUCUUGAUUUCCUUCGUCCCCUAGCCCAAAUUAUUCACGAAUUAGGGUUAGGAGACCAAGGAAGUUGAGAAUCAACCUAGGUUAAGCUGAAGCUAACAUUUACGAGCCCAGACAUCAUUUCAACUAGCCCCAAAAACAUUUUGAUGAGCAGAUUGAUUUCACAGUUCUUCUGUAAUUUGAAUCCCUCAAAAAACUUCGCUUGCCGGUCGGGCAAGUUAAUAACAGAAUUUACUAGCCCAAUAGCAAAAUCCACUAGCCCUGGGCUAUCAGACACUACUUUCUUUGCACGCUGGCACAUUAUCAUUUUCUCAGAUUUGUUUUUCAACUUGACAACAUUGCCAGCAAAGCAGUAUUUUAAUCAAUGUUCUAGCUGAGGAGAUAAUAAUGAUGCUUUACAGCUUGUAAAGGCACUUUCUUAGGGUGUAUGCCUCCCUGUUUGACAUCCUUGCAAAAUGUCUAUUAUCGAUGGGACACAUCUCAAGGACAUGUACAUGUUCAUGUAGCAAGUUUAAGCAAUGAGAAUGUCCACGGUGUCCAUUUGAUGGAAAAAUUCUACUUAACACAACAAGUUUGAAAACUUUUGUUUUAAGAUGGAAUCCAGCAGAAAAUUGAGUAAUUUUAAUUCUCAGUGGAUGAAAACCUUCUACCAGAAUAAUUUAAAGAAUAUUGCAUUCUUUUCACAUUUUUUAAGGCCUAAAGAUGUAAUUAGUCAUCAGUAAUAACACCAAGUAAAAUUUCUCAUGGGAGUCCAAGAAAAUGAAUGUCAAAUUUCACAAGAAUUGUGAAAACACAGGUAAAACUCGGAAAUUUUGAUGUGAAAGAUGUAAUUUUGUGAAAUUUGACAUUCAUUUUCUUGGGCUCCCAUAAGAAAUUUUCUUAAGUGUUAUUACAGAUAAAUUAUUACAUGAUUAGGUCUCGAAAAAUGUAAAAAGGAAUGUAAUAUAUUUUAAAUUAUUCUAGUACAAGAUUUUUGUCCACUGAAAAUAAAAAUUACACAAUUUCAUGGUGGAUUCAGUGUUGAGUCAGAGCACUGGAGGAAAAAAAAAGAUUGACUUAAUUCUUAAAUUUGUUUGGUUGGAGAUGUCAAUGUUCUCAUUGCUUGAGGUCACUGUCUUGUACAGCUAAGCUUUUUACUUGCCAAUGCUUUUUUAAUCCAGUGUAUAAAUAAAUAAUUAUUUUAGUAUCUUUGUAACCUUUCUUACAUGAUUAGAUAAUUCGUGUUGUGUGUCUCUCAUGUGAUAAAUUAUUAUUAUACACUGUACUUUAUAAUCUUUAAUGGAAAGACAAUAGGGUACUAAAGUGUGACGUCGUAAAAAUGAAAUUUCUGAAAUUAUGGGGUUUGUCAGGAUAUUCUGAAAGAACAAUGUCCAAGAGGCCUAUUUGCCAAAAAUGAGAAAUUUAGAAGGGUUUGCAUGGAGUUUUCUACGCAUAACUAGGUUACAAUCUCAGAGACAAUUUGCCACAAAAUGCUCAUUUUUGGCAAGAAGGCCUCUUGGACAUUGUUCUUUCAGAAUAUACUGGCAAAUCCCAUAAUUUCAGAAAUGUCAUUUUUAUGACGUCAUCACUUUAGUACUCUAUUCCAUCACUCCAGUGAACACUUGGUGAAUGUACUUUGUCUCUAUUGCAGUAUAAAGAUGGUGAAGAAGUUGUGCUAUGGAUGAACACGGUAGGACCUUACCACAACAGACAAGAAACGUACACAUACUACUCAUUGCCUUUUUGUAGGGGCACAAAGAAGGAGAUAGGCCAUUACCAUGAAACACUUGGAGAAGCCAUUCAAGGAGUUGAACUUGAUUUCAGUGGCAUUGACAUUGCUUUUAAAGGUAUACACACAGUUGCACCUGUGCUAAUAACGGUGUUAUCACUAAGAUUUUAAAUCACUGGGAAAAUACAACAAAUAUGCAGGGAGUUGAACAGCUAAGGGUUUCGUUUGGUUGUAGUUUCUUCUAUUUUCCUUUGACAGUAGUUGGAGGUCACGUUCGUAGUAGCGGGGGGAAAUCCCUGGCCCCUGUCUCUUAAUGAGAGCCCUGUAAUAUACACCACUUGUAAGCAGACUCUGUUAUGGCCCCUGCUACAAACAGACUCUGCUUUUUUAUUUAAACCCCUUUUCACAGGACACUUCUUCUAGACGGACACACUUUUUUUAGUCCCAGUGGUGUCGGCUUAUGGAAGAGUUCUUGGUGUCUGUUUUCUUUUGAACCAGUGUUGUUUCAAAAAGCACACUAAUAGAACGCCUUCUUUUCAGUAAAUGUUCCACCUGUUGGGUACUGCACAUUGGAUCUUGACCAGGAUAAACAUGAUGCCUUGCUUUAUGCGGUCAAGAAUCAUUAUUGGUAUCAAAUGUACAUAGGUACGAGCAGUUCUAAAUUUCUUCUGACGUGUAUGUUAUCAAGUUAGUAUCUGUGCCUCUUAUCAUUUACCUGAAGUACAUAAAUGUACCAAAUGAAAUGAGACACAUUAUUUAUUCAUUUCUUCUAUUUAUUUAUACAGGAACAUCUGGUUUAGCAUGUAAUGAAGCUAUUUUAAACAGAGUUUUGUAAAAAAGAAUAGCUACCAAGAAAAUCAAUACACAGAAAGUAGCACACUAAAAACACAUAGACAUGCGACAAUUAAAAAGAUUGGAUAGACUGGUGCUUGAAAUGCUGUGUUUGCCGAGGACUUUACCAUAGGACUUUGUCUACAGCAUCACAAAUUUACUAAUGUUUGGAGUGAAAUGAUAUUGUUAUUGUUAAGUAUCCAAAGACUACAUGUUGUGUGUACACUAUUAAAGUUUUUAUGACCUUUUCUCACUGUUGUCGCUUUGUAUUUUUAUUUCAGAUGAUUUGCCCAUAUGGGGUAAGUUUUUCGUUUUCUUGAGCAUCUUUGUUUAUUUCUUUUUUUUUGGUAAAUAAACAUUAAAAACACUGUCACAAGCAAUAAGAAUUCCUUUUCAAAUCAAGAGGCUGUCUUUAAAUAUCUGGCACAUGUACAUGUAUGCACAUACAGUCUGUAACUGGAGAAGCAGGCUGUAAGGACAAGCUGGUAGUUCCAAAAAAUUUCCAUCAGACAUAAGUGGCAAUGUCUAAGAUUAGAAUAGCAAUCGUAAUUGCCAAAAAUAUUAUGUUUGAUGCUAGCUUAGUUCUACAUGAAUGUCUGACUUAAGUUCCUUGCAUAUGGCCCUUGGUUUAUUUCUUGUUGAGCGUUGCAUUGAGUGUCAAAUGGACAUCAUACUGUAGCACAUUUGCUAGUACAGUGUGAGCAGGCUGAAUUCUUUCUGAUGUUGUUGUUUUGCUAUUUCUUCUAGGAAUUGUUGGGGAAAUUGGUGAAAGUAAUGACGAAUACUAUAUUUGGACUCACAAGAAACUUGACAUUGGUUACAAUGGUGAUCAGAUUGUGGAUGUGACCUUGACAAGUGAAUCCAAAACAAAGCUGUCUCCAAAUGCAAAAAUCAGCUUCACAUAUGAGGUAAAACAGUCUCUUUUAUUGGUAUUAUGUACAAUAAAUUGUUAUAAGGACUUCUACGAUUGGUGAUGAAUUUGUUGAGACAAAAUGGGAUAACCCUGUACAUUCUCUUUUGUUCUGUUCCAGGUUAAAUGGACAGAAAUGAGAGUGGAAUUUGCAAGAAGAUAUGACAAGUAUCUUGAUCCAAGCUUCUUUCAACACAGGGUAAGAUCUGUGAUACAAGCAUGUUCAUGGUUAUCAUCAGGCAUUCAAUGCACAUAUAGUGGGCAAGGUUGUAAUUUAAAGUAAGUAAAGAAUAAAAUGUUGGUAUAAAAUUUGGGGUGCUGCAAUAAUAAUCUUGCUCAUGUACAAUUGUCAUUCAAAGGUAAAAGCAGGCAAAAGUUUGAUAUGACAUUAUUUUUUAUUGUUUUCAGAUACACUGGUUUUCUAUCUUUAAUUCUUUCAUGAUGGUUAUCUUUCUGGUUGGUCUUGUCUCUAUGAUUCUUAUGAGAACUUUAAGAAAGGAUUAUGCAAGAUACAGCAAAGAUGAUGAACUUGAUGACAUGGUAAAAUAUGAAUAAAGUCUUCUUCCCUUAAUUCACCUGUACAUGUGCAUGUUACAUAAGUUGUUAACCUAUUUUCAGGGGCUGUUAUUUGUCCUUAAUAGGUGACAUUCUCAUACAGCUGGGGUUGAUAAAAUUUAUGUCCUGCAGAUCAGAAACAAUUCUUUUGAUAACCAACUUAGACAUUACUUAUUAUUGUUCAUUCAAAAAGCAACAACCAAUAUAAUCCUAUAUAUUGGUCUUGUGUGUUGAGGUGCUCAAGCAAAAUCAUCCAUUGUGACCAUUGAAAUGAAAGCUGGUUCACUUGUAUUUUGUUGUGAUUGCUUUUAAAACUUUUUUGCUUAGGGUUCAUCUACAUGGUAAGUCAAAGAAAAUUAACCUUUAUCAUAAGGCUCUUUAAUACUCCUGGAGAGUGUAAAUUAACACUUGUACACUUAUGAACUGUUGUAUAUGUAACUGUUUUGUUAGUCUAAUAUAUAAUGAUUAAGGUGUGUGAUCUUUAGGAAAGGGAUCUUGGUGAUGAAUAUGGCUGGAAGCAAGUUCAUGGGGAUGUAUUCAGACCAGCAUCACACCGUCUGUUAUUCACCAGUCUGAUUGGCACAGGAUAUCAUUUGUCCACUGUUGCCCUUUGUGUUAUCUUAUUCACCAUCAUGGGAGACCUAUACACUGCGUAAGCAUUUUCAUUUUGUUGGUGCAUUUCUGUUCAAGAUAAUGUAUGUUGGUCCUCUGCCUCAGUGUUUUUGGAAAUGUACCAGUAACAGGAGUUGGGUUUAUUAUUAGUUCUCCAAUUUAUCUCCUGUAAGGUAAAUUAAGAUAAAAAAAGGGAAAGGUCCUUAUUUCACGUCAGUAACUUGUAACAGCAGGGUUUGCAAAUACGCCAAAUUUGGCGUAUUUUACGCCAAAAUUGUUCAGAUGACUCCACAGAGGUUACAGAGGGAGUUACUUCGACUCCAGAAAUUUUCGGUAACAAACAGGGAGCCACUUCAACUCCAGAAAUUUUCGAUAACAAACACAGUUUUGUUCUUACCUUUUUCGCAACAAAUACAAUUUAUGCUAAUUGUAAAAGUUGUAAACGUUAAUCAAAUCAUCAAAAUUAAAGAAUUAUUUUGCACCACAAAACAGGAAGAGGGUAAAUUACGAUCAAAGUUUACUCGAUGACCGCCAUCAUAGAUUUGAGCUUUCCAGGUCAGCGGACCGCCACAGCUACUUUGUGUAUCCCUCACGAUAGUGUCUACAUGCCAGGACCACGUGCUGGAAAGUCUGAAAAUGGCUUUUUUUGUUAUGAUACUUGACUCCAAAAUGACUCCAAAAUUUGUGAAGCAGAAGUCAAUUGACUUCACUCAUCAAUAAAAUUUGCAAACCCUGAACAGUGUCCAUUAGAAUGACAAACCUAAGGGCGACCAUGCUCAUUUUACUCCCCUCUCUCCAAGUUCUCUGCCUUAUGGGUUUUAAAACCACUUCAAGCACACAGACAGGGAAAAGAAUCCAAAAUAAGGUUUAUGAUCACACCCAGGGCUCAAAAUGAUUUCUGGAGUAGUCUGUGGACACGAUGACCAGCCAAAUUCAUUUUAGUUCGGUCACAUGCCGUUUCUAGCCAGUCACAUUUAUAAAUGAAUAACUCUUAAAAUAAUGGCCCAUGAACCAAACUGGCAUUCUAUAUUUCCGAAAAACAGCGCUUUUGGCAUUUCGCACGGUCGCAGAGCCGGGAAAUUCAGUAAAUCUGCGAAAUCCCUCGAAAUUUGACUUUUUUUCCGCAAUCUAUAAGAAGCUCUGAAAAAAGUUGUUGCUUAACUAAUAAAAGUGACAAUAUUUUUAAUUUUGUGUACUGUAUACUGAUUAGCAUGGAACUUUUUAUUUAUUUCAUUUUCAAUAUUAUUGAAUGUGACCGAUCAACAUGGCCAGUGAACAUGACCAGCAAGAUGAAAGGUUGACCGGUCAACUCCCUAAUCAGUCUGGACAUUGUCUGUUGACCGGCCGUUAUUUCAAACCCUGCACAAGACCAUUAAUUUCACCCUUUUCAUUCUUCAUAAAAUCUUUUACUACUUUCAAUAAUAAGACUAUAAUCAUCUUUUCCUUAUUUUUUUUUGUCAUGCCAUUGUGAGACAAGUUGCCAGAGGCGUACUGUAUGAACAUUUUCCUUUAAUGUUUACACAGUGAUAACAGUAAUUAUUAUUACUGUAUAAACAAGGAAAAGGAUUCAACAAGAAUGUUGCAUUGUAGCCCUCUAGUAAAAGAAUGCCAUAAUACUUGAUCUCAGAUUUUAUUUGAUAGGAAAAGUUUAAUCUAAUAGAAUUGUGUAAUUUAAUUUAUUAUUCAUGUAUUAUAAAGUGGACUAUUUUCUAUUUUUAUACAGACGUGGCUCCAUCCUUAGUACAACAAUAUUUGUAUAUGCAGCAACAGCUCCUGUAAAUGGAUUCAUGGGUGGCAGUUUGUAUGCUAGACAAGGAGGUAAAGUGUACUUAACAAUAUUAUUCCAUGGUAGAUAGCCAAUGAGGCACAUAGCACCAGGUUGGCCAUAAUCAGCGUGCAAAGAAAGUACUGUCCCAUAGCCCGGGGCUAGUGGAUUUUGCUAUCGGGCUAGUGAAUUCUGUUUUUAACUUGCCUGACCGGCAAGUGAGGUUUUUUGAGGAAUUUGAAUAACAGAAGAACUGUGAAAUCAAUUCUGCUAGUCAAAAAGCUUUUGGGGCUAGUUGAAAUGACGUUUGGGCUAGUAAAUGCUAGCUUCAGCUUGCCCGAAUGGCAAGCAGUAAAAAUGAUUUUCUUUGCACCCUGAUAAUCAUCUCAUAUCCAACAAGCACGAUUGUUUUCUUAAAAACGCCCGCAAAGUAUUGAGAAUUCUUUGCAACUUUAUUUGUAAAAACAACCGAUUUUCAGCUUGUUUUUAAUUUUGAGCAGAUGCAUACAGUUACCAUAUUUGGAGAGCAUGGUAUAAUGGCUCAUAUACCAUAAUGGCUAAGCCAAUCAGAGCUCUAGAAUUGCAUUAUUCAAUGAUUCAGUUUUUAAUAAAGUGUAUUAUAUGAUAAUACUUGAUUUUAGGUAAAACCUGCAUCUUUGGCACGACACAACAUGGCAAAAUGCCCCCCAACAUGAUAGUAGAUACAGGAGGUGCUUACCGUUAUUUUACGCAAACCACCUGGGUGGAAAUCUUGUGCAUAAACAUACAGCUACAAAAUUUGAUGUCGUGGGAGAAUGACCCACUACAAAGGAUAUCCAAAUCACCUGAUCAGACAAAAAAAGAGUUUUUUUUUUAAUUAUCGCCUCAAAUCACAGUCCACAUUUUCUGAAGCUUCUAAAACGAAAUGGAACAAACCAUUUGAUUUUUCUAACAGAAUUUCCAGUUUUCCCCUGAAAUUUAUAAAACCCAGGGUUCUUUUUAUCAUCUCACUAAGAUGAUGUUGGAGUAGAGAGCUUUAAGGAAAAGUUGUUAUUAUUUUUUUAACAUCAUGCAUUUGUUUGUUACUGGCAGGGAGACAGUGGAUAAAGCAGAUGGCAUUAAGUGCUGUGUUGUUUCCUCUUCUUGUCUGUGGAACAGCAUUUAUGAUCAAUUUUAUUGCAAUUUAUUAUCAUGCAUCAAGAGCCAUCCCAUUUGUUACAAUGGUGAGUGGGAAAUUCAUUUAAAGGAAAUGAAUAUUACUCUGAAAUUCUUGGUUUUCUAGAAUUUUUGAGCCAAACAACUUUCAGUUUUGAAGAUGGCAGACAUUAUCUUUGCCAGGCUUUGUUUGAAUUUCUUUGAUGUUAACAAUAGAAACAACAUGUUGCGUUGCAUUAGUGGCAGAAGGAGAUGAAAAUUUUAAAAAUCGCUUGCCGUUUGGGUGAGCUUUCUCUGAAGUUUACUAGCUUGGAGCGGCCCUGUAGGUCUACCAAUCCCCUUAUCACGGCUGUAUUGUGGCAAAUGUUGCUUGCCGGUGAGACAACUCAUAUAAUUAUGAAAACACGCUUGCGCAACAGGCCACGCUCCUAGUCUUGGGCUAUUGGACAGCGCUUUUGUUGUGCCCUGAGUGGGUUAGUGAAAACCCCAAACAUUUACUGAAAUCAUCUAAGCUAAGUCGAUCAGGUAAAUAAUUUAUUGGAAGCUGUAUAUUGUAAGAGAUUCAAAAGCUGGAAUUUUGUGCUCUAGCCUUGUGUUGAGAUUAAUUUUACUUAGACACCACUGAUUCAGCAUCUUUAGUAAUCACUUUUUUUACAGUUACAAUGUAUCUCUUUUAUCACAGUUAUCAAAACCUUUAGUGACACCUUGACUUUAACUCCAUAAGAACAUUUCGUUUCAUGUGUUUCCGUUUUUUUCAUUAUGUACAGCUUGCUGUUACAGCCAUUGUUAUCUUUGUGAUCCUGCCAUUGACGUUGGUGGGAACUGUGUUGGGGAGAAAUCUGUAUGGUGCACCCAAUGUACCUUGUAGAGUAAACACAGUUCCCAGACCUAUACCUGAGAAAAAAUGGUAAGAAACUAUCUUGUUCUUCUUUGUAAGACAGUAUCAAGCGAAUCCUUGAUGGGUAGUACAUGUUAACUUUGUAAUCUACAGUUUUGGGGAUCUCCUUUCAGUGUGCAAAAGAAAGUCAGUUUUACAGCUUGCUAUUAGUGCAAGCUGUAGUUAGCAUGUGCUAGCCCAAGAGUAAUAAUAAUAUUAUUUAAACUAGCACGAAAAAAAUAAUAUUUGAUGAACAGGGUUGAUAACAGUUCCUCUGUAAUUUGAAUUCCAUAAAAACAACUCCGCUUACUGGUCGGGCAAGUUAAGAACAGAAUUCACUAGCCCAAUAGCAAAAUCCACUGCUCUGGGUUAUCAGACACUACUUUCUUUGCGUUCUGCCCUUUGUUUGGUUUCAUUUGUUAUUUUGCCAGUCCAAACACUUUUUAUUACCCAAACGUAGGGCUACUAACGAAAACUACUAACUUAGCAGUUUAUUUAAGGGUGUUUCACCCAGUUGUGUAUGCUGAUUCAUGUUGAUAGUCAUGUUAAUCUUUCUGCCUGGUAGUUAUUACUACAUGUACAUUUCUGUAUUUGUUAUGUUGCAGGUUCAUGGAGCCAUUGGUGAUCAUUAUUCUUGGGGGAGUUCUGCCAUUUGGUUCUAUAUUCAUUGAAAUGUAAGUCCUUUUUCUCUUUAGGUGUGUUCAAUGGGCCUCAAAUGAUAAUUAUGUCAGGAGCAAUAUCUGUUAGUCCCCUGCAAAACUUUACGAAAAUUGACAAGAUUUGGAAAAAUGAUCUUAGUUUUUUUAUUGUAUAUUAAACUAAACAAUAUUUCAGAGUAUAGAGAGGUCAGAAAUGACUUUUUAUUAUAAAUGGACCUUCACAUCAAUUUAUUAAAGGAGUGUUCUUAGUGGAAGAGCUCCCUCUACAGCUGUGCAUCUUCACGAUACACUGUCAUACACGAUUUCGCUACCAGUUCGCUACAUAUUACUUUCUGUAAACCAUUAAAAAUAUUUCCUAAAUCCCACUAGUAAAAAAUUAUGUAAAUAUAUUUCUCAUUCUUCUACGCUUGCCCCUCCAAAGGUGCAAAUUUUAGACUUUGCCAAUCGGCACUAGCCUGUGAACACAGACGUAUUUCCAGUCAUCGUUUCUUGGAGAGAAGCGACUACUAGAAUUAAGUCUGUGUUUGCAGGCUAAUUGUCAGCGAGCCCAGUAUGUUGGUUGUGAACUCGAACAUAGCAAAUUUGACAAGUGGCGAAACCGGUGUACACUUUGUCUCCUUUUAAUAAUGAUUAUGUGCCUUGUUGCAGUAUUUUACUGCUCACUAUCCAACUAGUAUUUGUAAACAUAACUUGAGGGACAGGGAACGGUGUUAUUUUCUUAUUAUUUUGCUUAUACUUUUCUUAUCUCUUUGUAAACAACAGGUAUUUCAUCUUCACAUCCUUCUGGGCGUACAAGAUCUACUAUGUGUUUGGUUUUAUGUUCCUUGUGUUCAUGAUUCUCACCAUCGUAACUGUGUGUGUCACUAUUGUGUGCACUUAUUUCCUUCUUAACGCUGAAGAUUACAGAUGGUGAGUCAGACAAUUCAUUAUUGACAGCAACGGCGGAUGUGCAGCAUGUAGUUAUAGUGGUACAUGCAGCUGUCAGCUGGCACCAAAAGCUUUUUAUAACAAUUUAUGUUUGGGUCUAAUCAACUUAAUUAUCAGGCAAAAUUGAAAGUUGUUUAUGUGUGAGUUGUUUGUGUCAGGGAAGAAGGUUUAUAGCGUAUUGCGAUAAGUGUUCAUAAGUUACUGCGUGAAUUUUACAACUUAUAUUUAUUUAUGUAUUUUUUACAGGCAGUGGACAGCUUUUCUUUCAGCGGCGUCUACGGCUGGUUACGUUUAUCUCUACUCAUUUUACUACUUCUUCUUCAAAACCAAGUAUGUUUUUUUUUUCUUCAGAGCUCAUUACUUAUGUUACAAGUUAAGUAAGUCACGCUGAGGCUUAACGUGACGAACCUCUAAGAACGUCUCGGUGGGAGGUGAAGGCUUAAUAGGAUUUUGUGAGUUGUUCAAAUGCCCCCGCCCCUUUUGAUGUUUUUUUAUCGUUUUAACAAAGCUUUUGUAUAUCGUUUAUUUUACAGAAUGUACGGCUUAUUUCAGACAACAUUUUAUUUUGGAUACAUGGCACUGUUCAGUGCUGGCCUUGGAAUCAUGUGUGGUAAGUGCUAUGGUACACUAAUGUUGCUUUUGACCAAAAAUGAUGGACACUGCAACUGGCUAGUUAAUUGAGCUCCAAGCAAAAAAGGUUUUACAGUAUAAUAUUUAUUUAUACAAUGUACAAUAAUAGCUGAUACCGAGACAGGUAGUAUAGUUAGGACUAAUCAAAUUAGGAUGAAGUAAGCUUCUUACUUUUGCGUAUUUCUGAAAUGGAACAGGUUGCACUCGAGACAGCAGUAGUCACAGGCGACUGUUGUGAGCCCCUUUUGCUUCAUCAUGAAAGUGAAGACUCAAUUUGACGAGAACGACUUCGAGAACGAGAUUUUCUCAAUAUUAAGCUAAACUAAGUAGUGCGAGCGCGUGAACCAGCGUCAUUUUGGCGGGAAAACGCGAUUUUGGGGGGAGAAGUGGUCGUAGUGACGGAAACAAGUUGUCAAAUGUUAGUAUUUUUAUCAUUUUGCGAUCGUGAGAGGGCUUAACCUCAUUCAAUAAAAAUAACCGUGCAAACUUUUCCGGUGAAUUAAAAAAAAACUGUGAAGUGACGCUUCCCGGGAUGCCGUGAUACGCGAAAAAAACUUUAAUUUCAAUAGAGUGGUUUUCGUUUGAGUGUCGUAAAACCAAAACCAAAGUAAUUACUCUGGCCAAUCACAAAGGACACAGACAAUACAUUGAACCAAUCAAAACUCGAAGUAAUUACAUGUGGCUGACGCAAAGCGCGGGAAAAUGCAUGCGCGCGCGCCACAAUUGGCGUUGGUUUUACUUCUGAUUGGAUGAAAAGGUGGCGCGAAUCUUUUAAGCCAAUCGCAUCGUGUAGAAAGUGCAAAACCAAUUACUUUUCGACACUCAAAUGAAAACCGCUCUAUCUGACUGUCUGUAUCCGCUAUUCCAUACCUCUAUCAUUGUUAAGUGAUAAUCCUUAACUGUUUCAUUUUUUACCCAGGUACCGUUGGAUACGCUGGUGCAAGUGCUUUUGUAAAGAAGAUAUACUCCACUGUGAAGAUUGAUUAACGGAAAAUGUACUGGCAACCGCUCGAAAUCCAAAGGAUCCAACGGAUGUUUUUAAAACAACAACAACAAACAAUUAUGUCUGUAUUUAUAGCUGUAAAAGUGACACUACGUACGGAGAACUGGCUGUUUGCUCUCUGGCUGUUAUAAUUAUUGAUCCUUUCCUUGGGAAAACUCACUGUGAAAAGGUGGGGUAGCUCGGUUUAGGGGAACCUACAUCUAAAAAAAUGAGCAUUCUAUGAUGUACAGCAGUUAAUUUCUUCGGAGGAUUCCUGCCAUAAACAGAUCACGCUUCUUGCAUUUUUUUAGCACUGUUAUCGGCCGUGUAACUACGAAGCAGUUGUCGUAAUUUGGCAGUAACGAAUGGAAAUCCUUCGAGACCGUGCUUGGAAAUACUUGGUGGACGUCCCAGUAGAUCUUUCUGAUACGUAUUCGGAAAUCUUUUCCAAGCGCUGUCGGGAUUCCUUCGAAAUCACUCGGCCUACGGUUCCUGGCAUCAAUUGAGACUCCUGUGUAUGGCCCGUUACAGAGUACAAAGUUCUAACUGACAGCUAAGCAUCUCAAGGUUGAGAGUGUAUUCCAGGAGUGGUGUCACCGUAAUGGAGAUAAGGGACAAGGUGUGGAUCCUUGGAAUGGACUGAACUUCAUUGAUAGUGUACAUGUAGUUUUGGGUGCUAUUAUUUUGGGUAGAUAUUAAAGAGGUCGUUUCGCCUCUUUGGAAACGAGAGGGGAACUGGAGCCGAGAUGUCUCCCGCAAUUAUCUGUGGGAUCGUUUUUUAAUUGUUUCCCAGUCCCCAAUAACAGUCCCAGAAGUCUUUGCGAAAAAUAACUCGGCCCAUUUCCCUCUCGUUUCUAAAGUGGCGAAUGGAAACAUUUAGCCUGUUGAAUGGAUGUGAAGGGUGAAGUUGCUGUUACAUGUAAUAUUUUAAGUGCCGUUCGCAAUCAUUUUCCCUUUUUCAUCGUUGUUCUAAGACGAUAGUCAUAACUGCCCGUUUAAACGGAUCCGAGCAUGGUGGUCCAACGUUGGACCAGCAAUUUGGAUGAUGUUGGACCAACGAUGUUAAAUCCUUUUAAAUGGUGUCUAACAUAGUUCUUCGUGUGUGCGUGUUCGAAUUCAUUUAAGAGUAGUACUAUAGUUACUUACAGAAGAACACCAACAACAAGAACAUUAAAAAAAACGACUUAGCUUAACUUAGAAAAUCGCUCUGUAUUGGCAUUUUGCAUCAUAACAAAAAACGACUAAAAGAUAAGGUCACUGUAUGUUUACUACACAGUUCCACGUUUCUGAGUAGUUUUAGGGAGCUGCUAAUUAUAGUUUAAACUUUCUGAAACAAAUACCUAUACAGUGAAAUAUUCCUUCUUAUGAAUUGAAAAUAUUCAAUUUCCUACAUGUUCUCCUUACCUUCAGUACGUAAAACCAGAAAAAAAACUGUAAAGGAAAACCAGAAGAAAUAUUAGUAUCAAUCAAGUUCCGUUAACGAAUACAAUCAUUUCUUAAAACAAACCGGCAUACCAUGAGUUCGAGGGAGGGCGUAUAAAUCAUUUCUAAAUUAACAUGUUCAAUACUUUCUUUUGUCCACGAAGUCAACUUUAUUCCUAAUUCUGGAUAUCCUCUUGAUAAGAAAUUUGGAGGUAAAAAAAAACUUAGUUAUGUUGUAUGGAAUUUAAAGACACUUAUUAGGCAUUAAUUUCUGUAAUAUUUUCGUAAAUUAUGAUUCAGGUCUUGAAGUAUGUUUUCUCGAAUCACGAGAAUUAUGUAAGUUUAAAAUUCAUUUUAGGCUUAACUCGCUGCUAGUAUUCUGCAGCCAGUAGUUGAUUCCAACUGUAAAUUCACCGAUUUUUAAAAGCUUGUUCAUCAUCUGGCCUAGUUAGGUAUCUCUGCAGCCUCCUCCCCAGGCGCUUCGUUUUUCGCAUGGUAGAGGCGAGCGCGAAACGCGAGUGACUGGUGAUGAACCGCAAGGGACCAUGGGAAGGGUACAGACGGCAGGCGAAGCGCCAACUCGCCCGUUGUCUUCUUCCCGCUUUCCUUUGCGCGCACAUUUUCAUCGAGAGAGAGAGACGUCUGGGUACGAGGAAGGUAUCUUUGCAUGUUUGGGAAAUGGUAUUCCAAGCGAAAAAGCCAGAUCGUACGUUUUUAGAACCUAGACUGACUUCGUAAGUCAGGUUAACUUGCUGUAUAUUAUUUAAUAUAUUGCUUUGGCUUCUUAGAGAAUGGCACUUAGGUUUUAAAAGAGAAGUAAAGAUAGGGUGUAAAAUAGUUUGGUUGAUACGAUGUUGACUGAUAUACGAUCUACCAUAACACUUCGAUAUUAAUCCUUGCACUGCUAGAGUGAAUGAUGGAGUUUCUUGAGGUGGUUCUAACUUUUAUGUCUGUGGUCAAAAUCCUAUGGAAUGACCAUUCAAAUGAAAUCUCUUAGGAAGUACUUUCAUGUGGUGCUAUUUGUUUUUUAAAAUUUUACGAAAUGAAAUUUGGGAUUUUUGUCGAAUUUGCCUCUGGUCACAUUUGGCAGUGAAAGGGUUUAAAGGGUUUAUGUAACGGGAAAUUGCUGGUUUAGGUCAAUCCUGUGUUUAAUUGUGCUUAAGUCAUUGAUUGGUGCCUUUACCCAUGCACAAACUGUACCUGUGGAGUUAUGAAGAUAUCAAAGAAAUUUCUUCAGGGAGCA